GCCACUGCAUUCAUGAAUCUGCACCUCUUUCAGCAGGGGGCUACGAAAGAGGCCCGUAGGCUCGUCCUGAACAUUAUUGGGUCUCAGAAACAAGCACCGACUGUGCACGAAAUCUUCAAACUCGCUGUGCAGCAAGAGUCAGGUGGCUCGCCCUCAAAACCCGAGAGUUCAUCUCAGGCAGCGGCGCCGGGACAUCCCCCUCAGCCACGGUAUCCCGACCAUGCCAUUCGAUCCAUGAGCUAUCUGAAGGGCGUGGUACUCCCGUCUCUCGUGCAGACAAAGGACAUAGAGAAGAUCCAUACUCUGCAAGAGCUCACUCCUGAAGAGCAAGCGCAACGGCUACAGACACUGUCUCGUUCAGCACGGAAACAAGCUGCCUCGCUAUCGACAGCGGUCGACGUCUGGCGUUGGCAAUUGCGCGCGCACAAGCCCACGCCGCCGAAACCAAAGGUGGAAAUCGUUUAUGGAAAGGACGUCGGUGUAGGCGUAGAUUGGUCGCAUUUGAACAAGCGGCGGCAGCGGUCGCGUGCGCUGAGCGUAACGCGCGAUGUAAGGUGGCUGCGAAAGCUGGACAGGGCGCGGGAGGAAGGUCUGAAGGCGGAGACGGCCGAGGGAGAGACUAAGGCCGAUGUGUAGUUGGCUCAGGGUAUGUUCUGCUUUGGGCUCGCUUUGCAAUGCAUACUACAUGUUGUCUGCCGAGCCUAUCCAUAUAAUGCACGGACGAGGAUUAUGGCUU